AUGUAUAGAUAUGAUGGCCGGACAUUUACACUGCAUCUUCAUCUGGACAUCCCUUCAAUUAUCAAAUACGGUGAACCCGUUUGGUUGCGCUGUGAUUACAACUUAGAAGAUGAUUCACUAUACUCUGUUAAAUGGUAUAAAAAUAAUAUAGAGUUUUAUCGAUACAUGAAUGAGCCAGUGAUGGAUCAAGCGUUUGGAUCAAGUGAUGACUAUCAUAAAUUUUAUGGUCAAGUGGGCAUUUAUGUUGAUUUAUCAAAAUCCAAUUCAACGCAUGUAUUGUUAGAGACGACAGAUCUGAAUACUGAGGGCACAUAUAUGGCUGAAGUGUCGACCACUACAUUCAAUUCGGUAAAACGACUCAAAGAUAUGAGAAUAUACGUACCGCCAGAGCGAGGCAUUCAAAUAAUUGGAUCCAAAGCGGAGUACAAGUUGGCUAAGGAGGGCCUUAACUUGACGUGUGUGUCGGCCCCGUCUAAACCGAUCCAGAUAUUGGGUUGGUUUGUUAACGGUCAUAGAGUUUUGGGAAACGAGCCGCGAAUCAACUUAAGUCGUCCGGAUAUCGACUACUCAUCCGAUGGACUCAUGUCCUCGAGUCAGACCAUUAGCCUCUUAUUGUUAUCUAAUGACAACCAUUUGUYUAAUGGAGUUUUGGCAUUAAGGUGCUCAUCAAUUAUGACACAGAUAUAUGGUGUCAACUUUGAGGAGUUGGUUAUUGAAGAACACGGGAGGUUUGCUGAUAAACAGGGCGUUCAACAAACUGAGGGCGACUAUGAAUCUCUUGGACAUCAUUACAGUCCACCAAAAAUUGAUGGCCACAGCAAUAGAUACAGUAUUGGAGAUAUUGUUGAUUUGAACUGUUCCUCGACGUCGGGCACAUGGCCUCCACCACUGCUCGAGUGGUCCAUCAAUGGAAAAGAUAUACUGAACAGUCAACUAAUAAUUUACAGCAAAGUCAACGAUAAAAUAAAAUUUAGUUCAACUAUUUAUGACAACUUUGCCCACUUUGAUGAUCAUAGGAGAGGAUCUGUUUUGGGAUUACGCUUUCAAAUCACUAAAGAGCACUAUCAGACAUCUGACGGUAAACUAAGACUAAGAUGUAGUGCCACUCAUGCGACCAUUAUUAGCACCGACAGUACGGAACUGACACUGUUUUCACGCGGAAGACAGAGCUCUCUCUUAUUUGCCUCCGAUGCCAAUAUCAUUGGUAUGGCAUUUGGACGCAUAGCUUUUGGUGCCUUUCUCUACUAUACUACAGUCGCAUGGAUUAACUCUAUCUAA